AUGACCAGAACUCACAAGUGGACCGUGCAUGAAGGUGCUGCUGAGCAGAAAUACUUUACUCACAAUGGACAUGCCGAUAUGGAUCCAAAUAAGGUCAGCAAGAAUGGUAACGGCAAGUUCAAUUGGGGAAAGCCCGGUGACGAAUUGCAAGACCAGGAGGAAAUGGCAGGUCAAGAGUUUUUUGGCAAAUCGGCCAGAAGAAACUCGAAUCACGCACAGAAUGAGCAGUUGAUCAAAGAGACAACCGAGAAAUCAUGA